UAACUGAAACGCCUUGGAACUGUUUGGCCCCCUUUAAAAAGAAAUAGUAAAAUGGGAGAGAAUGAAGCAGGUUUGCCUCACACGUCCUUGCAAGGUAAAAAGAUGGCCUAUCAAAAGGUCAACGCAGAUCAGAGAGCUCCAGGACAUUCACAGUAUUUAGACAAUGAUGAUCUUCAAGCCACUGCCCUUGACUUAGAGUGGGACAUGGAAAAGGAGCUGGAGGAGCCUGGUUUUGACCAAUACCAGCUAGAUAGUGCUGAGAAUCAGAACCUGGAGAAUUCGGAGACUGCAGACCUCAAUCUUGAUUCCAUUCAACCAGCAACUUCACCCAAAGGCAGGUUUCAGCGACUUCAAGAAGAGCCUGACUAUACCACCCGCUAUACAAGAUCUGCACCAAAGAGUAACCACUGCAACUUUUGCCGCCUUUUAAAAAUACUUUGUACAGCCAUCAUCUUAUUUAUUUUUGGAAUUUUGAUAGGCUAUUAUGCACAUAAAAAAUGCCCUUCAAAUUCAACAUCUUCAGGAACACUUGAUCGCCAGUUAUACCAAGAGAUUCUCAAGACAAUCCAAGCAGAAGAUAUUAAGAAGACGUUCAGAAAUUUGAUACAACUGUACAGAAGUGAAGAUGACACAGAAAUUUCCAAGGCGAUUAAGACUCAAUGGACUUCUUUGGGCCUCGAAGAUGUACAGUUUGUAAAUUACUCUGUGCUGCUUAAUCUGCCAGGCCCUUCUCCCAGCUCUGUGACUCUGAGCAGCAGUGGCCAAUGCUUUCAUCCUAAUGGCCAGCCGUGCAGUGAAGACGCCAGGACACACAGCAGCCAAGAUCUGCUCUACUCAUACGCAGCCUAUUCUGCCAAAGGAACUCUCGAGGCUGAAGUCAUUGAUGUGAGUUAUGGAAAUGCAGAGGAUUUAACAAGGAUUACAAAGAUGAGAAAUGUAACAAACCAGAUUGCACUCCUGAAAUUAGGAAAAUGGCCACUGCUUUAUAAGCUUUCCUUACUGGAAAAGGCUGGAUUUGGAGGUGUCCUUCUAUAUAUUGAUCCUUGUGAUUUACCAAAGACUGCCAGUCCUGGCUCUGACACCUUCAUGGUGUCACUGAAUCCAGGAGGAGACCCUUCUACGCCUGGUUACCCAAGUGUCGUUGGAAGCUUUAGGCAAAACCGAUCAAACCUCACCUCUCUACUAGUGCAGCCCAUCUCGGCGGCUCUCGUGGCAAAACUGAUCUCUUCAUCGACAGGUGGAACCAAAAACGGUGUCUGUAGCCCUCUAGAACUUCCACAUAAUGAAAAAAGAAUUGUCAACAUGCAAGUUCAGACAGUCACAAAAUUCAAAACAGUUACUAAUGUUGUUGGAUAUUUAAAGGGCUUGACUUCUCCAGACCGGUAUGUCCUAGUCGGCAGCCACCAUCCCACGGCCCCCAGCUACGGGGGGCCGGGAUGGGCCAGCGGCACCGCCAUCGCCACGGCCUUCGCCCAGGCCUUGACGCUGAGGGCCCAGGGAGGGUGGAGGCCCGGCCGCAGCGUCGUUUUCUGUUCCUGGGGAGGAACCGUCUUUGGCAAUAUUGGCUCAUAUGAAUGGGGAGAGGAUUUCAAGAGGGUUCUGCAGAGAAACGUUGUGGCUUAUGUUAGUCUCCACAGUCCCAUAAGGGGUAACUCAAGUCUACAUUCUGUAGCUUCACCAUCUCUUCAGCAACUGGUAGCAGAGAAAAAUAAUCUCAACUGUUCCAGAAGAGCUCAGUGCCCAGAAACCAAUAUCAGUUCUGUUCAGAUACAGGGUGAUGCGGAUUAUUUCAUCAACCACUUUGGCGUUCCCUCUGCACAGUUUGCUUAUGAGGACAUCAAGACAUUACAGGAUCCAAGUUUUCUCUCCGAGGCCCUUUUCCCUAAAGAUGCAACAAAAAUUGAAGAAAUGGAUCCUUUUUUCAAACUUCAUGAAACCAUUGCCAAGCUCUCAGGAGAAGUGAUUUUACAAAUUGCCAACGAGCCAGUUCUGCCUUUCAAUGCUCUUGACAUAGCUUUAGAAGUUCAAAACAGCCUUAAAGCCGAUCAACCCAACACUCAUCAGCUGCUGGCCCCGGCCUCCCGCCUGCGGGAAAGUGCUGAACUCUUUCAGUCGGACGAGAUGCGGCCUGCUAACGAUCCCAAGGAGAGAGUCCCCCUGCGCGUCCGAAUGCUGAAUGACAUUCUCCAAGACAUGGAGAAGAGCUUCCUGCUUCAGCAAGUGCCACCAGGUUUUUAUAGAAACAUCCUGUACCACCUUGAUGAGAAGACGAGCCAGUUUUCAAUACUCCUGGAGGCUUGGGAGCAUGGCAAAUCUCUUACAUCAAAUGAGACCUUUCAAGAAGCCCUGUCAAAGGUGUUGCACAGCAUUAAUUCAGCUCAGGUUUACUUCAAAGCGGGACUUGAUGUGUUCGACAGUGUCUUGGUCGGAAAGAACUGAGAAAACUCUCAGCAUUUUAAAAAGUUUGUUUACAGUUCCUCAAGCAAAAGCUCUAAUCUGGUCAGAUUUCCUGACAUUGAAGACCUUCACCCAACAGCUUUUUAUACAAAUCUAAAGCUAUUAUUAGAUUGUAUUUUUAACAGACAUAUAAAAGAGCAUUUUGCACAUUUAAUAUUUUUCUUAUAUCUGCAUUUCUGAAUAUGUAAGAGCAAGUUAUUGAAAUAAUACUUAAGAUUUAUCUAUUAGAAAGAAAUCUACUGUAUUUUUAUAUAUAUAAAAUAUUUGGGGGAAAAUGUUCCAAGAAGUUUUGGACAAUCUUCACUCCUAUGGAUAAAGCACAUAGGCACAGAAGUUGUUCCUUAUGUUAGAGCUUUUAAUGACCUACUUUCUGUAACAGAAAUGGAGAGUUGAUAUGGCUUCAGAUUAACUUCACUAUCAAGUAUUCAAUAUGAGGAAUUCAAGUGUUCUGACUGAGUGAUCGGUUGACCAAAACCACUUUGAAUGUUUCUAUUUUAUGAAAUGAAGUGCCUGUUCGUAACACAACUAGAUGUAGUAAUACACUGGUUAUGGAAUUGUAUUUUUUUAAGUAUUAAUGAAAAAAAAGAGCCAUAAACAUUCCAGGGGAAAAUCUCCAGGUAGCUGCACAGAGCAAUUUAAAUGCAAAUUUUUUCUAACAACUUAUAAGGUGACAAGCUUUGAAACCCUUAAUUUGCCUCAGUUGAUUUUGUAAAAAAUUCAGAAGUGAUGUAUGUCUUAUGAGGGAGAAAAUAUUUCUUAUUUCUUCCUGUGUUGUUUCUGUUGGAAGCACUGAAACAGGGCGACUCUAAAAUGAAGCCAACUCACAGUCUUUGAAAACCCCAAGUAUCUGAAAAAGCAUUAAAUUGCUAUUUUUCCCACUGACAAAAAGGACUUACUAUGAAAGAAGUAGCCGUUUUGAUCAAUGAAAAAAAUUCCUUAAUUCUAAGAGGAAACUUUUAAUAUGGUUUCCUUUUCUAUCCUUAGUUGUGACAAAGAUGAAAAUAGAGAUAAUAUUCAUAAUCUUAAUUUUAUGCAGGAAAAAAAUAGUGUUGCUAUAUGAAUAUAUCUUUCUCACACUUCAGAUAUGAGAAAUCAUGUGGAAAAUGAAACUCUUCCUAUUGACAUUGUCAUUGACUGGCCCUGACCCCUGUUAUUUCCCAAAACUCUAGAAUUCUGUUUAGGUGACAGUUUAAACUUUUAGCUUGCCCUUAGACAUUGAUUUAAAAUUUUUUCUUCUGAUAUUGGAUAAAGGAAAUUCCCCGAGGAAACAUAACUCCAGAAUAUUUCAUGUGAAUUUUUUCUCUGACUCAACACAACAAACACACUCCCCCAUUACACACAACCAGGGCAACCCUGCAGACGGCGCCUGAGUGUCUAAGUCUUUUGCUUUUUAUGGAUGAGCAUAAACCUAAUCUUAGUUUAAAGGAAACCUAAAGUUGAGGGGAAAGAAUUAAUCAGUAUUGAUUAAUUGAUUUAUAAGGCUCAGCUGUUCCUACCCUAAGUAAUGUUUAUGUGCUCAAGGCAAAGAAGAGAAUUGAGGCAAUUAGCUAGAUAAUUCAAGCAGAAAUCCAUUUUCAUUUGAAUUGCUUGUGCACGUAUUUUUACAUGAGAAAUGAAACUACCUUACAUUUUAUAAACCAAUGUGCUUGUUUGUUUGAAAAUUUUGCCACAUUGAGGAGUGUCUACAGGAAAGGACUAAAAGGACCAGACGGCUGAACACUCAACAUCAGUGCCCCCUCUUGAAUCACAGAAAUCAACAGCAGAAAAGAGGUGGGAUACACAUACGGACCUGGGUGGGGCCAAAUGACAGAAUGCCUUAUACCAAAGGAUCUUAAAUAUUUAACAAAGCUUUAAUGUGUUCAUUCCAGUUUUUAAUUUGGAGUUGGAUUUAAAGCAAAGGCAAAUAAUUAUCAGUUUUAUAGUGUAUCAUUUUAGGACAAAAUCUUAGUAAAUUCACUCCCUUAGUCUGUAAAAGCAUCGAAAGCACAAAAUAUUUUUGUUUGUACAUUUUUGUUUAAUGAUUGUGUACCUAGGUAAAUCACAUUGCACAGAUAAAAAUCUCAAUAUUAUGUAUUCUUCACUUCUAAAUUAUAUGAUAUAUGAUAUUUUAGAGCUGGAGUUAACUGUGGAAUAACACGUUUGUGUUAGUCUACUUAAGAGAUUAUGUGAAGAGACUAAAUUAUAAUUAAAACAGAUGUCCACCA